AUGCCAGAAGAAGUACACACAGGCUUUUACUUUACGUCCAAGACCCAUCGGGACACAUACCCAGCCAUUGAUCCGAGCAAGCGGGAUUUCACCGGCAAGUAUGUGUUCGUCACUGGUGCGUCCAAGGGAAUUGGGGAGCAAAUAGCUCUAUCGUACGCAUCCGCGGGAGCCGCAGGUAUUGGUAUCGGAGCCCGCUCUGACCUGUCUACCUUGAUCCCAAAGAUCGAAGCCGCUGCUGUCGCGGCUGGCAAGGCUGUCCCAAAGGUUGUUCCAGUCACCCUCGAUGUCACAGACGAGGCAAGCGUCAGUGCCGCGGCAAAAGUUAUCUCAGAGUCCUUUCCGCGACUGGAUGUCCUGGUCAACAAUGCCGGCUACCUAGAAAUCAGAAGCAAGAUCAAGGAUAGCGACCCAGAGGAAUGGUGGAAGACAUGGACUGUGAAUGUGAAAGGGCCAUAUCUCGUCACACGGGCCUUCCUGCCCUUCAUUAUUGAGAAAGGUGGCGACAAGAUUAUUGUGAAUCUGAGCAGCAUUGCCGCCCAUCUUACUGCGCCUGGAGGAUCUGCAUACCAAACCAGCAAACUUGCGGUGCAGAGAUUUACCGAGUUCCUAGAUGUGGACCAUGCGCCUGAUGGGAUUCUCACCUUCGGAAUCCAUCCAGGAGGUAUACUGACGGAUAUGGGCAAGCGGUUACCAGCCGCACGACAUGCUGCACUUACAGAGACUCCUAAGCUGCCUGCUGACACCAUUGUCUUUCUUACUGAGACCCGUCGUGAAUGGCUUGCUGGUCGAUACCUUUCGGCUACAUGGGAUGUUGAAGAGCUGCUGUCUAAGGAGGAAGAGGUGGUUGCCAGUGACAAGCUGAAGGUGAGGAUGCGGGUUUAA